AUGGUAUACAUACUUGGCGAUCGUCAUCUGGUGACUUGGGAAUAUACGCGUGUUAUGCUGAUGUUUCUCCGAUGUCUGCAGUUCUCUUACACUGGUGGCCUGAUACAAAAGGUCAGCGGCUGUUGGCAGGAUGUGCGAUGCCACCCUAGUACUAGCGAACCUGACGGAAUUCAACGACUGGAGGGUUUAGGAUUUCGUGACACAAUGAGCCAAUAUGGAUAUGCUUGGUUCCUAGACAAGGCGCGUUCUUACGCCCUACUAUCUUUGCUGGUCGACAUCUGCCUUCGAGCGUUUCGCAAAGAUGUAUUUCAACACAUACGACUAAUCAUCCGCCGCAGGUACCGCGCGCCAGCUCUCUCUGGUGACAUAGCGCUCUGUCGCCCAAUCAUGGAGAAGAUAGUGAAACCCACUCACCUUCCACUUCAUUUUGUGUCGGGGAACCGUGUGUCUGUUAAAACAAUAGGAGCUCUUUGCAGAUGGCUCUGGGACUGGGAAGAUGGAACAUUCCUGCGCCGUCACUGGAGCGAUAAGCCACAUCGAAUGCUGUAUUGGAGGUGUAUUUAUAUGAUCGGAAUCAUCAACGGACCGGCGCAGGCUCAAUUGUGGAGGCUCAACCUAGAGAGAAGGUUCAUUCAGACACACUGGAUUGUGCCAUAUUCAGAGAGUAGUUGCUUCUUCUCGCGCACCAAAAAGCACCAAUACUGCUGGUGGUCUAGCUACCACAACAACCUUACCGAGUCAUUUACUGUUUCAUCAGCUAAGUACUGCAGUAUUGCGGAAGUUGCAGAACUGUCUACAGAUGGAUGGCGAUCUUCUUUGGAAGCUCUACAACUUGAAAUGAAGAUGCUAAAGAUCCCAAAGGAAGUUGAGAUGUUCUUGCAAACACUACUGCCCAUCGAGAUUGAAGGUACACUUCCGUUUCCCGUAUUGAAACCACCAGUGCAUGGGUAUAACGUUCGGUCCAGCGCUCAGCACCAGAGAAGAAAACAAUACAAUAAAAACUGGCAGUGGUUAGACCAUUAUCUCACUACUUUUGCUCAUGCCCAGGAGACAGGGGAAAGAGUACAGCACCUAGCUCAAAGUCAGCAGCCGUAG